AUGGCGUUGUCAUUUGGUCAGACACAAAACGGUGAAGAAGCGAUGGUGACGGUACCAACUAACUGGGAGUUUUCGGGUUUGGGAACAUUUGGAACGGAACUGGGGAUUGGGAACAUUUUGGAACGGAGACCUGGAUGA